AUGAGGCCAAAAGAGAGCGCGUUCAAAUUAACAAAAAGGGGAGGGACACGCCUCUUCCACGAUAACAGCGAUGUGAGCAACUUUUACGGAAUUAAAGAAACCGGAUUCAGCAGCAGCCGACCGCCCCCGUACUUACUCCAGUUUGACAAGUGCAAUGAUGUCAUAGCGUAUACAAGCGAAAUAGAUAAUGAGUCUUUGAAGCAAAUAAAAAACCUAGCCAUGUUGGACAUUAUAAAAGGACAUGUGACAAUCCUCCCAGAUGUACACCUAGGAAAAGGAAUAAUAAUCGGUUCUGUAUUUUUAACGAAGCAUUUUAUCAUCCCCAAUGGGGUCGGAGUUGACAUAGGAUGUGGCGUACUCUGUGUUAAAAUUAACAAGUUAAAAAAAAAAAACCUCCAUGAGGAUGUCAUAAAUAAUAUAUACAAGAAGAUAAAGCGGAACGUCCCCUUAAGUUUCGAUUAUCAUGAGAAGGAAGUGUUCGAUGCGAAAAAUGUGUUAGACGGAUUGGUGGCCAAAUACGCCAGCAGCAACAUGACUCAUCAUAUAAUGAACCCUAAGCAUUUGAAGCAAAUGGGGACGCUAGGCGGGGGGAACCACUUCAUCGAAAUUGCAUAUGACGCAUUGGAGGAUGGUAAAGAGGAACCGCUAAAUGGUGAUCUAUCAGGAGAGACCCACCAAAAUGACACCACCAGCAGCAACCGAUACGAACAAGAACAUUCCCCAGACGCUGAUGUUUACAUUUUAAUACACUCUGGAAGUAGAAACAUCGGCAAAAGGACGGCUGAAUUUUAUGACGAGUUGGCUAGCCAAGAAAGCAAAGUAAAAAGAAACGACCUAGCCUAUCUAGACUUGAGAAAAAAACAGGGACAAAAUUAUCUGAAGGAUAUGCAAUUAUGUCAAGAAUAUGCAAAAUAUAAUAGAAUUUACAUGAUGAAAAUUAUCGAAAAAAUUAUUAAGGAAGAAGUUAACUGCACACUGGAUUGGCAAAAUGCCAUAAAUAUUCAUCACAAUUUCUGUAGCCAUGAAUUGGUUACCUAUCUCCACGAUGGGGAAGUAAAAAAGGAAUACAUGUAUGUUACAAGGAAAGGCGCAACCUCUUCCAUGAAAAAUCAAUUGGGCAUUAUCCCGGGAAAUAUGAAGGUCGGUUCUUAUAUCGUCCGAGGAAAGGGCAGCAAGUUAUCCUACAAUUCCUGCUCGCACGGUUGUGGCAGAGUGCUAAGCAGAACGCAUGCAAAGAAAAUAAUUAAUCAAACCGAUUUUGUGAACAUCAUGAAGGGCGUACGAUGUGACACCAAUGCCAAAAUACGUGAUGAGGCUCCUCAGGCGUAUAAAAAUUUGAGCCAGGUUUUGCGAAACCAAGAUUCGCUUAUACAUGUCGUUCGGCGGCUUCUCCCCCUGAUUAACGUCAAGGGGGGGUAG